GGAAAACGGGGAUGAGGGUGUCCCUCGGGCUGUAUUAUGAUUUGUAAAUGUGCUCGGAGUAUCGAUACGCGCCGCGCUAUCGCAACAUAUCAUGGAGACAGUACGCCUUUUGAUAAAAGUCCUAAUGCUGUUCAGCUGGUGCGCGAAGGGAUUCGUCGGGAACGCUCUCGAAAAAUGUAUUCUUCCACUCGGUAUGGAAGAAGGAAAAAUCCCGGAUGAAGCGAUCACCGCGUCGUCCAGUUAUGAGAUGAAAUCCGUCGGUCCCCAAAACGCGAGAAUACGACAGGAAAAGAACGGUGGUGCUUGGUGUCCGAAGGCACAAAUCAGUAGCGCUAUACGCGAAUACCUGGAAAUCGAUCUGACGAGAGACCAUCUUAUCACAUGGACCGAGACUCAGGGGAGAUUCGGUAACGGUCAAGGUCAGGAAUAUGCCGAGGCAUUUUUUCUGGAAUAUUGGCGGCACGAAAAGUGGCAUCAGUACAAAGAUUUAAGAGGGAACAAGGUCCUACGUGGCAAUAGCAAUACAUAUCUAGUCGAGAAACAGAAGUUAGAUCUGCCAUUCGUCGCGAGUCGAGUGAGAUUUGUUCCUUACAGUCAGCAUCCUCGCACCGUAUGCAUGCGCGUCGAGAUUUACGGCUGUAUCUGGAAUCAAGGCAUUGCUAGUUAUACCGCGCCUAAAGCUGAUACAGACGGGCCUAACGGGUGUAAUGUCGAGGAUACGUCAUACGACGGCACGGAAAUCGAGAAUUUGAUGUUGAACGGAUUGGGGCAACUAACCGACGGCAUAAUCGGCAGCGAAACGGAAAUCCUGGAAUCUGACAGGGUGUCCAAUUGGGUCGGCUGGCACAAUCGAGAUAACGUAGAAUUAUUCUUUGAAUUUCAACUUGCACGGAAAUUCAGGAAUUGUACGAUUCAUGUUGCCAAUCUGCCUGAUCUAAGUGUUGAGAUGUUCUCGGCAGUAAACUUUUGGUUUUCGUCGGACGGCAAGGAGUAUCACGAAACACCGGAAACGUUUCAAAUGUUUAACGACCCUAAAGUGAACAUCAUUCCUGGCGGUAGCAAUGAAAAGGGUGGCAGAAGUAGAAAUAGCGCCCUGAUAUCUAUUCCAUUGCAAUCGAGAGUCGGCAAAUUUAUUAAGGUGGAUAUAAAGCCUCAGUCAAAAUGGUUGUUGCUAAGCGAAAUCACAUUUGAGACAGUUCCAGAUGUAAAAAACAGCACUGACGGAGCACUGGCGCAUUUGUCGUGGAUAUACACGAACAGCAACGAGAACAUAUCCCAAAUGACCAAUCAGGAUCAGAUUGCGAGAAUGAAACAGAUAGAGGAUAAAGAGAUUGGCGAUGUGGAAGUUCAAACUGACAACAAGAUCAGAGGCGACGCCGGCGAUGAGAGGAAGAUCGAUAUUCAACACGGUGGUACAAUGACGGGAAAACCGAAAACUGACUCGAACGAGACAACGUUGGUGCUGAACGAGUCGAAUUUGACGCCGGAUGCCUUUCCCGUGAACAAUUCGCCAGCGUAUAUCGGGCUAAUUAGCGCCGCGCUGACUAUAAUAGUCUUUUUUUCUGGUUGCACGGUCUUCCUGAUAAAGCAGAGGGGCCGCAACAAAGUGGCCCUGUUACAAAAGCAUACCGCGUUAUUAUGCGGCUCGCCGGCGCCGGGUAUCACGAUCAAUACGAAGGAUAUCAAAUUACCCACACCGAUCGUGGUAAACAAUCUGUCGCAAUCUCGGCUGUCGUUGAAAAGCAAAAUUGCCUCGAAUAACGAUUACAAAUUCGGCGAUGGCGACACGAGCGAGCAGCACGGCAUUUACGAGAAGAUUAAUAAAAUAUCCCCGGAGCCAUACGUCAAAUGUGAAGCGAGAUCCAAUUAUAAAACGGAACAUUUUGAUACUAAAACCAGCGAAAACUUCACCGACGAGGCGCGAGUGGAAUGCGUAAUACCAACGAUGUCGAAAAAACUGAGUCACUCGCAAACGGGAAAAAUUAAUCAGAGAGUAUACGAGAGUUAUUACGCGGCCACGGACAUCUUGACGAUCAAGAGACGCGAUCAGCAACCCGUUGUGAGUCUCUUCACACCGCUGCUCAUUCGGGAUUCGAUCGUGUCGUACAAACGCGGGAAUUACGACGUUCCGCGCAUCUCUCGGCAUCGAUUAAGAAUCCUCGAUAAGCUCGGCGAAGGAAAUUUCGGUUUGGUUCACCUGUGCGAGGCAAAAGGCAUACAAAAUCCGGAUCUAGGCAUCCUCCAAAACCGUCAAGUAGUUAUAGUCCGGUCCUUAUGGCGCGGCGUGGUUGACGCUUUAAGGGAGGACUUUAUGAAUGACAUGCACAUUUUGGCUGAAAUACGGGACGUCAAUAUCGCCAGGAUAAUCGCGAUCGUUGAGGAGGAGCCUUUCAGUGCCAUUUUCGAAUACGGAGAACUCGGGGAUCUGUCGAGUUUUCUAAAAAGUCGCGAUCGCGACGCGCCGAUAAGUUACGAGUGCUCGUUGAAUCUGGUGACGCAGAUCGCUUCGGGUAUGAAGUACCUCGAGAGUUUGAACGUACCGCAUUGCGAUCUAGCAGCCAGGAAUUGCAUCGUUUGUAAAGAUCUGCUGAUUAAGGUGUCCGAUCAGGCCAUGUAUUGCAGUAAAUAUGACGGCGAAUACUACGUCGACGAGUGCUACGCGAAGAUACCAUUACGCUGGAUGGCAUGGGAAGCGGUCCUAUCGGGAAAACGAAGCUGCCAAUCCGACGUUUGGUCGUACGGCGUGACGGUUUGGGAAGUGCUGACGCGCUGCGAGGACGUACCGUACGCCGACCUGACCUCGGAACAGGUGUUGGAGAACUGCGGCCUGUGGUACUCGUUGCAGGACAACGGCGGCAAGAAGAAGUGUCCGCGGGUCCUCGAGCAGCCGGUGUUCUGCACGGACGAUCUGUACCGGCUGAUGCUGCGAUGUUGGUGUAAGCUUGCGGAGGAUCGACCCAGUUUCCAGGAGAUUUACUGCUACCUCAAGAAGCUGACUCUGGAUUAAGUGUGCGCGAAUGCGAACGCAUCUCUGCCGAAAGAGCAUACGAGAAACGCGAUCCAUGCUCCAGCAGCAACAACAGCAGCAGCA